ACGCAAACGCCUUGCCCGCCAUUCACGGUCUGUUCGCGCCACGGUCCAGCUUGUUACUAUACCUCUCUCACGACCUCCUGAAAGCAGGGUGCAUCUACCUCUGCUACAACUGGAUACAUUGUGUACUUCGACUCUCGUUUACUCCACAGUCAACCUAUUGAGAGUACCUUCCAUGCCGACUCGGAUAUGCGGAACUGCAAGUGUGGCACCGUCGUUCGGUAGAGGGCGACCUGUGCAACGGAAAGUCGUUGUAUGUGGAGACGGCGCAUGUGGCAAGACUUCACUGUUGAAUGUGUUCACACGAGGGUUCUUUACCCAAGUCUACGAACCUACUGUCUUUGAGAACUACGUCCAUGACCUCUAUGUGGACGAUACUCUGGUUGAACUCAGUUUGUGGGACACUGCUGGACAAGAGGAGUUCGACAGACUGCGGUCACUCAGCUAUGCCGAGACGCAUGUCAUUAUGAUUUGCUUCUCUGUCGAUAACCCAACUUCAUUAGAGAACGUCGAGGCAAAGUGGCUUGAUGAAAUUCUUGAAUACUGUCCAGGGGUAAAGCUGGUCUUAGUUGCUCUGAAGUGUGACCUGCGAGACGACCGCGCAACACAAGAACGGCUGGCUCGUUACAGCAUGCACACUGUACAAUACGAGGAAGGGCUCACGGUUGCUCGGCGAAUACGUGCUUCGCGAUAUCUUGAGUGCAGCUCAAAGCACAACCGUGGUAUCACCGAGGUCUUCUAUGAAGCUGCGCGUGUCUCGUUAACUACGAAAGCCAAAGGGUCUGGCGCGUACGGCGGUGGAGGCCACGGCUGCAUCAUCGCGUAGCGGUGUAAAGGUCGUGCAUGUGUUCCGCUCUUUUCGCUUCCUUGUCUCCUUUCCGGCUAUGCUGUUUUUAUUCUACAGGACUUUGAUUUUGUUGCAAUUCCGAUGCUCUAGGUUACUAUGCAUUGUCCAUAUCUCACACAUGUCGUAUACCUGUACUGUUUCUACGUGUACUAUUGCAUACCCUAGCAACUCGUUAAGUCCCUGCAACUUCCACAUUCAUUUCCCGGAGGCGAGUUGAACGAAAUCUAAGUGGCAUUAGCAACGAACUACGAAUACAGCUCAAGCUACAGUCCGCUCCUCUACAAGCACGUGAGACCGCGUAGAUAACAAUCUGCAAGCACUUAUUCCUCUGCCAAAGCUAGAGCUUGCUCAAGGUCGUCUUCUUCCUGAAGAACAGUGGGCGGGAUCGGGGUACCGUAAUAUAAACGUUGACAAACGAUUGCUGUACUGAUGGUCAGUA